UGAUGGGCGUGCGCUUCCAGUCGCAGUACAAGGCUAAGCUGUAUGUUGACCCUGAGCCUCAAAUCGGCGAUUACCCGAAUCUGCCACAGCGGUUCGCGGAGGACCGGCCCCAGCGCGGGUGGUGGGACCGGCAGAUGCGGCGCAACUUUGGCGAGCCGAUUCUAGAGCAGGACGAGAUCUUCAACAUGUGGGCGCCGACGCGGUAUGCGUCGCCAGGGUGGAAGCGCGUGACCAAGAUGUGGCUGGGCGUCAUCGGCACCAUUGGCACGGUGUAUUAUGUGAUUUCAAAGACCCGCCCAGAGCCGGUUGCGGUCAGGGCUUUCUACCCGGGCAACGGGCUGAAGGAGGAGCUUGGCGGAGUGGCAACCAGGACAAUCCAGGACUCUGUCGAGGAGGCGUCAGCAUAGGCGAGCAAUUGAUUAGAUUUCUCAGGUUUCAACAGGUUGAUUUCGUAUUGUUC